CGUCUCAUCCGGAUUUCACAACUCCUUUCUUUGGAGCUCCCAGAACAACUAAUCACACGGCUAGACCUCCCUGACACGUGGCAUACAAUGCGUCGCCGAGACGUCUUCCUUCGUGCGAACGUGGACGACGGCGGGCCUGACGUUGAAACUCCUUCGCAGCAGCAUCGCCGCGUGGGCCUCAGCAGCAGCUCUCAUGACUUAGGCGGCGGCGGCGGCGGCGGGAAGCCACAGAUUUUGUGGUCCCGGAGCGCAUCUAUGAAUGGCAGGGACAUGCGUUUCAUGGUCCAAUGGGCUUCGUCCUCCGCUGCCACUUCAGCCGACCCGCGUUCCUUAUUCCAUUCGUCCGUCCCCGAGCACAGCACCACCACGGACCGCGGCAGCCUUUCCUUCUCCUCGCGCACGCCGCUCGUCCCCGCGCUUCGUAGGAAUCGUUCCUCUAACGCGGCCUCGUCGGCUUCGCUCGCUACAGGCUCACCCGCGUCAGCCGCCAGCCCAGGCACCGCGGGGACGGUAGCGGGAAACUCCGCCUCCGGCCGUCCCCCGAAUGGCGCGCCACUUCUUUCCCCCUCCCAUUCCUUCCCCGCGCGCCCAGAUGACGUGCGGUUACCCGUUCCGCGGACCGUUGAGCCUUCCGCCAGCGCGGCAACUGUCGCCCCCUGCCCGCAUUCCGCCCCCGGCUGGGGGAUGCCCUGCUCCGCUUGCCUGCGGCGCGCGCUGGAAGGUGGCGGAGCGGUUCGUCGCACGGCUUCCGCGGAAGGUCUCGUGCAGCAGUCUUCUGGGGGGGUGGAAGAAGCGGGGAACGGGAUGAGGGCGCCGGGAGGCAAGGGAGGAGAGGGGAGAGGAGCGAGAGGGGAAGAAAGCGAGUUGGCGGGGGAAAGAGAAGUAGCGGAAAUAGGAAGCGCGGACGUGCGGAAGGGGUAUGGCGGCGAAAUGGUGGGCCACUCAGAAGUGAGCAACAGCACUGGUAAUGGUGCCACCAACAUUGGAAGCCGAUUGGUUGGAGACUUGGAACUGGCAGCCCCUGUGAAUCUCCGGCCAAUCAAAACCGGCGGGUCAGGCCCUGUGAAUGCUGCUAGCUUGGCAUCUCAGCCGUCCGGUGCGGUGGGCUUGGGUGGAAGCCUCAUGGGAUCUGCUAAGACGUUUGUUAGAGCGUUCAGCUUCGGUGCAAGGGGGGGAGGAGGUACGGGAGGAGGAGUGGUGGAGCAACGAGCCGCAGCAACAGGUCUGGUGGCAAGUUCGGAGGAGAGGUCUGAAAUCCCUCGGUCCCGAACCGGGACCGGCCCAUCCACGUCAGAAUCGGUGCUGGCCUCAUCAGUCCCGCCCUCCGAAUCAGCACUACAGGACAAAAAGGGGCAGCCAUCACAGAGAGGAUCAACUGGGGUAGGUGCAUCUGAGGCAGGCAGUGGGGCAUGGAGAUUAGGUUCAGGGGAGGAGAGUGCUGGCGUUGCUGCUGCUGGCGUUGCUGCUGCUGGCGUUGCUGCUGCUGGAGUUGCUGCUUCUGGUGCUGCUGCUGCUGCUGCUGCUGCUGCUGCUGCUGCUGGUGUAAGAGCGUCUCCUGGCAAUUCCGGUGGUGCUUUUAUGAGAGGUGCUUCAAACGGCGUGGGUGGAGGAGGCGGCAGGGGAGGAGGGAGAGAAGGGGAAUGGGGAGUGGGGAGGCGAGGUAUGGGCACGGGCAUACACAGAGGCACGGGCAUGGGCAUGGGAGGAGGUAUGGGAGGGGCGGGUGGUGUGUCAGCGUGGCAGCUCCAUGGCGGGUGGGGGCAGUACCCGCCCUUCCACGGCUACUCCAACAGCAGGCCGUGCUGGCACCGCUGCACUCUCUGGAUCUUCUGGAUACUCGCCACCAUCUGUGCCUUGGCUCUCUUCGCCUGGUGCAUCCACGAGCGCUCUCGAGCCGACGCUCUGCAGUUCCACCUGCGGGUGCUCAUCGAGCGCCAGCACCGCAUCACACACCGCCUGCACAGCGGGGCUUGGGCGGACGGGGGCGCAGCAGAGAGUCCCACAGAUAGCAGCACCACUUGCAGCAGCAGGAAGGCAGAGCAUGGGAGCAGCACGGCGUGGUGGACAGACAUGGUCAUGCUGCCCACCGGGGGCCGGGCGGCGACAGCUGGCAUCUUGCUGCAGCCAAUCCGAGGCGGGGAGGAAAGUAGGGUGGGAGAGGAGGCGAAGGAAACAUGUGGAAGGCAUGUGAAAGCGGGAGGAACCAGCAGAAAGGAGGGAGGAGAGGAAGGAAUGAGGGAGGUGGAAGAGGACGAAGGGGAAGCUGGAGGCAAGGAGGGUGGCGAAGUGGUGUGGCGGCGCUUGGCUCUAUUCACCUCCGUCCUCUGCUUCCUCCUCCCCCUGGUGCUGACAAAGCACAUUGAUAGACUCGCUGCUAUCCUUGGCCUCGCCCCCCCAAAGACAGACCAAACACUGAAUAGCACCGCACAGAACCACUCGUCACCACACCAAAGGCCAGGCGGAGCAUCGAGUACUCCGUUACACGGGGCAGCAGCUGGUGGUGCAGCGGCUACGACUGUGACGAGCCCCGGGCGUGGGACAAUGAGUGGGCAAGCGCAGGGGCAGGCGGAGGAGGUGGCGGUGGCGCCCUUCAGCAAGCGCCUGGCGUACCGAGUGGACGUGCUCUUCUCCACACACUCCUACGUCAAGAGCCUCGCCCUACUGAGCGCAACACUCGUGCUCAUCGCCCUGGGCGGCCUUGCCCUGUAUGCGGUGAGUGGCAAGGAGCGCCUGGUGCUAGCCGACGCCACGUGGCGCGCGUGGACGUACGUGGCGGACGCGGGCAACCACGCGGACAGCGAGGGCGUGGGGCCGCGCGUGGUGAGCGUGUGCAUCAGCAUCGGCGGCAUGCUGGUGUUUGCGCUCAUGGUAGGGCUGGUGUCGGAGGGCAUCUCCGACAAGGUGGACUCGCUCAGGAAGGGCAAGAGCGACGUCAUCGAGCACUCCCACACACUCAUCCUCGGCUGGAGUGAUAAACUGGCAUCCCUGCUGAAGCAGCUGGCGGUGGCCAACGAGAGCCUUGGCGGGGGCGUGGUGGUGGUGAUGGCGGAGCGUGACAAGGAGGAGAUGGAGAGCGAGAUCAGCAAGAUGGAGUUCGACUUCAAGGGCACCAAGGUCAUCUGCAGGUCCGGCUCUCCAUUGGUGCUAGCGGACUUAAAGAAGGUGUCAGUGAGCACGGCGCGGUCACUGAUAGUCCUGGCGGAGGCGGAGAAUGCUGACGCCGCUGAUGCGCGCGCCUUGAGGGUGGUGCUGUCGCUGACGGGCGUGCGGGAGGGGCUGAGAGGGCACAUCGUGGUGGAGCUGAGCGACCUGGACAACGAGGCGCUGGUGAAGAUGGUGGGAGGCCAGCAGGUUGAAACCGUGGUGGCUCAUGACGUGAUCGGGCGCCUCAUGAUCCAGUGCGCCAGGCAGCCAGGCCUGGCGCAGAUAUGGGAGGCCCUGCUGGGCUUUGACAACUGCGAGUUCUACGUGAAGCAGUGGCCGCAGCUGGCGGGGCGCCCCUUCAGCGACGUGCUCGUGUCGUUCCCCGACGCCGUGCCGUGCGGGGUGCGCAUCGCGGGGGAUGGCGGCCGCAUCUGGCUCAACCCGGACGAUGACUACGUGCUGCAGCCCGAGGAUGCAGUGUUGGUGGUGGCGGAGGAUGACGACUCCUAUGCGCCCGGUCCAAUGGCCCAUGUGCGCCAUGCAAUGCUGCCCGACGUCGUUGUGCCGCCCAAGUUGCCCGAAAAGAUUCUAUUCUGCGGAUGGCGGCGCGACAUUGACGACAUGAUUGUGGUUCUUGAGGCCUUCCUAGCGCGGGGGUCGGAGCUGUGGAUAUUCUGCGAGGUGGCGGUGGAGGAGAGGGAGGAGCGCCUGAUGGAGGGCGGGCUUAACCCGGGCGACCUGGAGAACAUUGCGCUCGUGCAUCGCGUGGGGAACGCCGUCAUCAGGAGGCAUCUGGAGAGCUUACCCCUGGAGACGUUUGAUUCGAUCCUCAUUCUGGCGGACGAGGGCUUGGAGGACUCGGUGAUCAACUCGGACUCGAGGUCGCUGGCCACGCUGCUGCUCAUCCGCGACAUCCAGUCCAAGCGCAUGCCCUACGAGGUGUGCUUUGCUGGCACUGCCCUCCCCAGGGCGCACCACAACACACACAUUGUGGGGGGAGCUGCUGCUAGUGGCGGCAGAGCUGGUGCUGCUGCUUUUGCUGCUGGUGGCGGUGGCUUUGGUGCUACACCAGCAGCAGGAGCAGGGACUGGUGGUACCAGUGGUGCCAAUGGUGGUGGUGGUGUCAACGGGAACACACACGGAGGGUCGUGGAUCCGGCAGAUGCAGCAGGCGUCGCAGCAGUCGAUUGUCAUCUCUGAGAUUCUUGACUCGAGGACGCGCUCCCUCGUGUCGGUGUCAAAGAUCAGCGACUAUGUGCUCUCCAACGAGCUCGUCUCCAUGGCCCUCGCUAUGGUGUCGGAGGAUCGGGAGAUCAACCGUGUGCUUGAGGAGCUCUUCUCAGAAGAGGGCAACGAGAUGUACAUCCGGCCAGCAGAGCUGUAUUUAUACGAGGGCGAGGAAGUGUCAUUCUUUGAGGUGAUGGUGCGGGCGAGGCAGCGCCUGGAGAUAGUGAUUGGGUACCGGCUGGGCGGGGAGGAGGGGGGCGUGCUGAACCCGCCAAGCAAGCAUGUUGCGAGACGGUGGUCGCUGAGCGACACCUUCAUCGUGCUGUCGCUGGAGGAGUGACGGAGACGGCCCGCACUAGUUCCAAUAUUGUACAGUAGUUCGACUCACUGGACGUGUGGAACCAAGUGUUCUAACCCCAGCUGAAGAAAGAUGUUGUACACCUCCCUUAAGCGUUGAAUCAUGAAGGGAUGUGUGAUAUACCAUUGGAAUAUGUGCAUUGAAGCCACACGAGUUACAAUGCAAAUGGUCAGUGAACGUAACACGUGCUAUAUGUCAA